AGAUCUGCUGCUUCCUUCUCCCAUCACCCGGGGAAAAACUGACGGCUGAAAGAGGAAGAUAGGAAAUGGCUUCCUGGCAUUCAGUUCCGCUGGAAAUCACAUUCGAAGUCCCCGGAUGGCUAGCGUUCGUUUCUUGGUCAAUCAGUUUCUACCCUCAACUUGAAUUUCCGUCGGAAAAGGCAGUGUUUAACUUUACACGGACGAGCACUGAGGGAUUCAGCAUGGGAAACAUUUUACUUGAUUUUACUGGAGGCUUAGCAAAUCAUAUGCACAGAUGGCCAUGCAGUCUAUGGAUCAAAGUUCUUUGGUAGGGAAGACGCUGCUAUCACUGGUGGCAGUAUCCUUUGACAUUCUUUUCAUGCUUCAACAUUACGUGUUAUAUCCAACCAAGAGCACUGAACUCUCUGUUAAACUCAAUGGAGAGGGUAAGGAGCUGCUUAUCAAGUCUUCUGAUGAACCAACAUCCAAGAACGUUUAGGGAAUGUAAUUCAUUCCGCAGGUAUCGAUAUCCUUUGACAUUCUUUUCUUGCUCCAUCAUUAUGUGUUAUAUCCACCCAAGAGCACUGAACUCACUCCAAGUCUCCAACAUUGUGUGUUAUAUCAGGUCUUCUGAUCAACCCACAUUAAAGAACGUUUUGGACUUUAUUUUAUAUUGAUGAACCAUAAUAGUGGUGUAUCCAGAAAGCAUUCAGUUUGAUCUUUUUCAUCUUGUUGUAAUUAGUUUGUUAAUCCCAUUUCAUGUAUAGAAAAUCAAACAGCUAAUUAUUU